AUGAUUCUCGUCACCGUCUACGCCUGCAUGUCGACUUUCACUACCGCAGCCGCCAUCAUUCCAGCAUACGAGACUAUCGCAAAAGAUCUUUGGGUCUCCUUUCAAACAGCUACAUACUUAACAUCUAUCCAAAUCGCCAUACUUGGCGUUGCGCCUCUCAUCUGGAAACCUCUCUCAAAGACUUGUUUGUGGCCGACGACCGAUAUUCUCACUUCACCCAUUCUUAGUCUGAUUGGCAACCUCAGAUGCGCCACGAGUCUUUAUGCGACGAUGGCUCGGUGCCGCGCUCUCGUUGCAGUUUCAUUUGCCCUGCUAGCACCAUUAUCAACGACGCGCAGUGGCUCCGAGUCUCGUUACAUGCAAACUGGCAUCGAACGUUAUAGUUCCGACUUCAAGCAAGAAUACAUGACUUUCAGUCGGAUUGAUCCGAUUCCUUUAGUCUUGUGGGAUUUCUAUCACUCAUUGCUCCUCAUCACGAAAGCUUGUAUUCUCAUCCUUGCCGUUGCUUACGCCAUGAUAUUCCUGAUCGACGGCGAUCUCCCGAGCGCUGGACUGCCGCCAGCUCUUUGGCGAGAAUUCCUCGGUCUCAUUAUCAUUCCUAUUCAUGGGAUGACAGCUGGGAGGACGACUGCCAGGUUACUGGAUGAAGCGUCGGGCAUGAAAAUCGAUUCCGGCGCCGGAGUCCAGGCUCUGGCUCAGCUAAUAAGACUGAUCGUUCAGCGGAGCGCCAUUGGAAUACCUGCCACGCCGGUGAUGGGAAUUGCUAGUGCUGGCGCCGGCAACCGGGGCGCUACAAGUGUCCUGGUCACGUAUGCUAUUAAUAGUUAUCCGGACAAAUCGGCUAGUAAUAGGGCCUUUAUAACCUUUGACAGACAAAUAUGGGCGUUUAUGGGGCCUUCCUGCUUGAUGCAAAUCUAUCUCAGGUGUCCAUCGAUGUUCGCAAGUGUAUCUGUAAGUAUCGCGGCCAUCGUAGGGGCGGCAGCUGCGCCGAUCGUCGUAGUGAGCUUCCUCCCAACGAUGCUUGCGUGGUGGUGUGGUGGUGUGGUGGGAUAG